UUCUCAUCUCACCUCAUGGCACCCGAUCCCGCCGCCAUUGACACAUGAUCUUCAACAACUCUAUUCCCAGCACAUGUGCGAAGAUAGACGUGGCCGAGCGGAGAGUUCGGACCGAUCAUUGGGUGGACGACGACAACCCGCUUGAGGAUUUCCUGUGUCGAUGGCUGGUUUCUUUGGAGAUGAUGAUGAUGCUGCUGCUGCUGCUGCUGCUGCUGCUGCUGAUGUUGGUGGCGCGGUCUGGGUGUGGACAUGUACGUACAUGUUCUGUACGUGAAGGCGUCCGUGUCUGGGUAGUGGUUGUCCAUUGUACAGCCCAAUGCUUGGGGUCGUUGGAUCAGCCAGCGGGCAGUCAUCAGGACCGCCUCUCGCAUCCCUCUCCUCGCUUCGCCGACAGCAGUCAAUGCACGGAGGUUUGAGCGAAGGACACCAGUGUGCAGUGUACUGUAUAUUUCCUGACCUCACAGAUCUUGGGCCUACUGGUGGUGGUGGCGCAGGCUCCUCGAUUCUUCAGCCCAUUGCCCGCCUGCCUACUACAUACAUGUAGUAUCUAUCUGCGAUGCAAACCGAAUCCAUCACGUUAUUUCUGGUAUCACCGAGCCUUCGUGAUGCU